AUGGACAUGGAACUGGUGGACAGGAACACGAAGAAGGUGGUGCAGGAGGCCUUGCGCAUAUGUCGCGAGCGCGGGUACAGGGUGGACACGACGAUUUCCGCGUUCGUGGUGCGCGCGUUGGAUGUGUCGGGCCAGCUGCAGGUGAAGACGGGCUUCGGCCUAAACCAAGAGCUCGACCACGGAGGCCUCAUGGCGGUCUCUGAGAUGGCGGCGGACCACCUCCUCGAACACGACUCUCCGUACUUGUGUACAGUGCGUCUCCAGCUCGGCAUGGAGCAGAAGUUCUUCGCGGAGAAGGGCCGCGUCGAGGAGGAGCUGCGAGGCCGCGACGCCCGCAUGGAAACGGUGCUCAACCUGCUGUGCGACCCCAAGCUGACCCCGGGCAUGGCGCCGGAGGACUUCCGCCGCUUCUGGGACAAGGUGCUCGAGUACAUAUGCAUCAAGACCUCGAUGGACCCGGCUCUGGAGAACGAGGAGGCGGCUGCGCAGGUCCGGGCGGCGCUGGAGAGUGUGCUCCCAGAGUACAUCAUGCCGCGGUUCGUGGGUCUGACGCGCGAGGAGAAGGAGGCGCAGCUGGACGAAGUGGCCUCGAUCACGCUCGGGAUCUGCUCGUACAACCUCGCGACGGGCAAGGGCGCGCUGUGCCUCCCGCCCUCGACCAGCGUCGCCAGCUACCAGCACCAGGCGCGCAGCAUGUUCAACCAGGUGUCCGAGCAGGUCCAGGAGCUCCACGAGGUCGUGCAGGGGUACCUCGCCGUCCUCGCCGCCAUGUCGCGCCAGCACGAGCCCACCCACGAGCGAUUCGUGCGCCUGCGACAAGAGGUCACCAACGUGCAGCAGGAGCUCGCCUACCUCCUCCAGCUGCGCGAGGACGUGUCCGGCGGGACGGCGGCGGCGGAGGACAUCCACCGCCAGCACCAGGCCACGUGCCGCGAGCUCCUGGCGCUGCUGUCCUCCAACCCGACGUCCGUGCCGAAGGAGAAGGUCUACCCGCUGUUCGACCAGCUCGGCGCGAGCGCGCUCGCGAUCAUGGACGAGGCGAAGAUGCUCGAGAUCCGCGUGAAGCUGUUCCACGCCCUCAACUCGCUGUCAGGGGGGUACUCGCGCACGCUGCAGCCCGAGGACGUGGGCGCCGCGCUGGACUACCUGGACGCCGGCGGCGCGCGCGAGGCGCCGAUCCAGUCCGCGUUCGUGCCGUCGAGCUCCCCGAGCCCCGGCCGGCGGCGCGCCAGCGACGCCGGAGUCAUGGGGGAGUUGAUGGAGCCCGGGAUGGAAGUCCCCCCCCUGCAGUUCGGCGGGUACUGCCCCGUGUCGAUCGUCGUGCACGGCGGCGUGCUCGUCCCCGCGGACAUCACGCAGGGCUUCGUGCGGCUGGGCGACGACCAGGUGUUUGGGUGCGUGUCGCAAGAGUACCUCGAGACGUUCCUAGAGUCCCCCGUGUCCUACCUGAGGGCCAUCGAGAGCGUCGCGCGGGCCACGCCGGAGCUCGUCAAGCUCCUCGGCCUCACGGAGACCUUCCCGAGCCUGUGGCUGGAGUCGAUCAUCGAGCUGGUGGCAAAGGGGGUGCACUGCGAGUACGGCACGCAGACGGUGCUGCACCCGGUGGAGCGCAACAUGGACAUGACGUACGAGUGGAACGUGUGGGCGCUGCGGCGGCGCGCGCUGAAGGUGGCGAACUUGCGGCAGAAGGCGACGCACUCGACGCAGUCGGUGCUGUCGCACUUCCGGCGGGAGAACCAGAGCCAGACGUACCCGCAGAAGGAGGUCGGGCAGCAGACGCGGAUGGACAAGGGGCAGGGGAUGCCGAAGAAGCUGCGGUACGUGGCGGGUCUGCGCGGGUCGAACAAGACCAAGAUGAGCGUGGUCAACAUCGACCUCGACGUGGGGCAGCCGCACCAGUUCUGA